GUCUGUGCAGUUGGUCUCUCUCUCUUUUUUUCUCUCUCUCACUCCCUCAUUUGCUAUCACUCCCUCUUUCCCUCCCCCUUUCUCUCUCUCUCUCUCUCUCUCUCUCUUUCUUUCUCCUUUCCUCUGCCAUUUUCUGAGUUGAGCUGUUAAGUCUGUUCUGCUGUGGGAAGUGACCAGGACACUCUCCUGUUCAAGCGUACGCUCACAGUGCCAGAAGUCUGUACCAACAUGGCGGUGGCGGGAGUGGACCCGGUGGAGCAGCCACGCAUGUACCAGCAGACCCUGUUGCAGGAUGGCCUCUGCGACCUGUUGGAGAACGACAAGUUUGUAGACUGUGUGCUGAAAGUCAAGGAUCAGGAGUUCCGCUGUCAUCGGCUGGUGCUGGCCGCCAGUAGCCCCUACUUUAAGGCCAUGUUCCUGUCCAACCUGGAGGAGAGCAAGAAAAGGGAGAUCGUCUUGAAGGACGUGGACCCCAGUGUCAUGGGCAUGGUGUUGAGGUACCUCUACACAUCUGAUAUCAAUCUGACGGAGCAAAACGUUCAGGAUAUCUUCAUGGUGGCCAACAUGUACCAGAUCCCCUCCAUCUUCAGCGUUUGUGUGUCCUACCUUCAGAGCAAGUUGGUGCUAAGUAACUGCUUGGCAAUCUUCAGACUAGGGCUUCUACUGGACUGUCCACGUUUAGCCUCUGAUGCCCGGGAUUUCAUCUGUGAGCGUUACGAUCUGAUUGUGCGAGACCAGGACUUCCACCAGCUGGGCCCAGGCGAGUUGGCGGCCAUCAUCACCUGCGACUCGCUCAAUGUGGAGAAGGAGGAGGUGGUCUUUGAGUCUCUUAUGGACUGGGUGAGCUACGACAAGCAGGAGAGGCUGAAAGACCUGCCUGACCUCCUGCACUGUGUGCGCUUCCGGCUGAUGUCGGAGGACUAUUUCACCAAUAAAGUGGAGGGACACAAACUGAUCAAGCCCAACACGGAGCUCAAAAAACAGCUUCAGCUCAUCAGGGAUGCUCAAAGAGGAAUAUUCCCGAAGCCCAUGAAGUCGGAGAAGGGACAGGAAGAUGAAGAAGAGGAAGAGGAUGGUUUACUCCCUGGGAUUCUAAAUGACAACCUGCGCUUCGGCAUGUUCCUGACAGAGCUCAUUCUGAUGGUCAGUGACACUGGGACGAUAGCGUACGACCCGGUGGGAAAUAUAUGUUACGUCGCAUCCACAUCUACUGAGGUCCCAAAGAAUCACUCCAGCCUGGUGACCAAAGAGAACCAGAUCUUUGUGGCAGGGGGUCUUUUCAUCGAUAAGCAAGACAAGGAGGAGGCCUUGACGUCCUACUUCCUGCAGUUUGACCCGGUGAGUCGUGACUGGCUGGGGAUGCCCUCCAUCCCUGACGCCCGCUGCCUGUUUGGCCUAGCAGAGGCCGAGAACUCCAUCUUUGUUGUGGGAGGAAAAGAGCUGAAAGAGGGAGAACAUGCUCUGGACUCUGUCCUGAUCUACGACCGUCAAUCUUUCAAGUGGGGAGAGUCGGAUCCUCUUCCCUACACAGUGUAUGCUCAUGGAACGGUGUCGCACAACGGAAUGGUCUAUGUCAUUGGGGGCAAGUCUGAGAGCAAGAAGUGUUUGAAACGGGUCUGUGUAUAUGACCCUACGAAGUUUGAGUGGAAGGAACUGGCCCCAAUGAAGACCCCUCGUUCUCUGUUCGGCGCCGCUGUGCACAACGACAAGAUCUAUGUAGUGACUGGUGUUACUGAUGACGGCUUGACCAGUAGCGUUGAGGUCUACGAUAUCGCCACUAACAAGUGGUCGGAGGGCGUAGAGUUCCCGCAGGAGAGGAGCUCCCUCAACCUCACCACCCUGGGCGGCGCACUCUACGCUGUGGGCGGUUUUGCCAUGAUGCCCAGCGAGGACAGCGAGAAGCUCACUCCCACUGAGAUGUACGACAUCUGGAGGUUUGAUGAGGAGGAGAGGUGCUGGAAUGGCAUGCUGAGGGAGAUCAAGUACGCUGAGGGCGCCACGAUUCUUGGGGUGCGACUCAACGUUCUGCGUCUUGACAAGCUGUGAUCACCAUGCCGUUGACUUCAGGGUGGUUGCAACAUGUCAGGAACACAAAAGAACAACAGCAGUAAUGGAGCGCGCAGGAGAGUCCACAGUCACAAGAGGCUGUGGAAAUUUGGACUAGCAUUAUAUUGUGCCUUGGCUUGAGUGGUAAAAUGGCUUCCUAAAUGUGCUCAUCCACUUGUUUUAAA